AUGACAAUAGGCAGCAUGGAGAAUGUGGAGAUCUUCACUUCAGAGGGCAAAGGCAGAGGUCUGAAGGCCACAAAGGAGUUCUGGGCUGCAGAUGUCAUCUUUGCUGAGCGUGCUUAUUCUGCAGUGGUUUUUGACAGCCUCGUUAACGUCGUGUGCCACACCUGUUUCAAGAGGCAAGAGAAGCUCCACCGCUGCGGGCAGUGCAAGUUCGCCCAUUACUGCGACCGCACGUGCCAGAAGGACGCUUGGUUGAACCACAAGAACGAGUGUUCCGCCAUCAAGAGAUACGGGAAGGUGCCCAAUGAGAACAUCAGGCUGGCAGCCCGCAUCAUGUGGCGGGUGGAGAGAGAGGGCACUGGGCUCACAGAGGGCUGCCUGGUGUCAGUGGAUGACUUGCAGAACCACGUGGAGCACUUUGGGGAAGAGGAGCAGAAGGAGCUUCGGGUGGACGUGGACACGUUCUUGCAGUACUGGCCCCCGCAGAGCCAGCAGUUCAGCAUGCAGUAUAUCUCACACAUCUUUGGCGUGAUCAACUGCAAUGGUUUCACUCUCAGCGACCAGAGAGGCCUUCAGGCAGUGGGCGUGGGCAUCUUCCCCAACCUGGGCCUGGUGAACCAUGACUGUUGGCCCAACUGCACUGUCAUCUUCAACAAUGGCAAUCAUGAGGCAGUGAAAUCCAUGUUUCACACGCAGAUGAGAAUUGAGCUCCGGGCUCUGGGCAAGAUCUCCGAAGGUGAAGAGCUCACCGUGUCCUACAUCGACUUCCUCCACCUCAGCGAGGAGCGCAGGCAGCAGCUGAAGAAGCAGUACUAUUUUGACUGCUCUUGUGAGCACUGCCAGAAAGGGCUGAAGGACGACCUCUUCCAGGCAGUGAAGGAAGACCCCAAGCCCUCCCCAGAAGUGGUGAAGGAGAUGGUACAGUUCUCAAAGGAUACUCUGGAAAAAAUAGACAAGGCUCGCUCUGAGGGUUUGUAUCAUGAGGUUGUGAAGCUGUGCCGGGAGUGUCUGGAGAAGCAGGAACCAGUGUUUGCCGACACCAACCUCUACGUGCUUCGUCUGCUAAGCAUUGUGUCAGAGGUCCUCUCCUAUCUCCAGGCCUUUGAGGAGGCCUCGCACUACGCCAGGAGGAUGGUGGACGGCUACACGAAGCUCUACCACCACAACAAUGCCCAACUGGGCAUGGCUGUGAUGCGGGCAGGGCUGACCAACUGGCAUGCUGGCAACAUUGAAGUGGGGCAUGGGAUGAUCUGCAAAGCCUACGCAAUACUCCUGGUGACACAUGGACCCUCCCACCCAAUCACCAAGGACUUGGAGGCCAUGAGGGUACAGACAGAGAUGGAGCUUCGCAUGUUCCGCCAGAAUGAGUUCAUGUACCACAAGAUGCGAGAGGCUGCCCUGAACAACCAGCCCAUGCAGGUCAUGGCUGAGCCCAGCAAUGAACCAGCCCCGGCUCUGUUCCAUAAGAAGCAAUGAGGACUUUGUUGGAGAGUGGGGGCAAUGUGACUGGGAGCUGGGGAAAUUACUACUCUGCGUCCCCCACUGUCAUUUUGGUUCAGUUCAACUCAGCUUAGUGCUAUCUCAUCCCAGAUCAACUCUUUCUAUAUGUGUCGGGUGCUAGAUUUCACCAUCUAUUCAAUAAAGAAGUCCCAAAUAUAAUGGGGCCAGAAGAAAAAUUACAAACAAAAAAAACAAAAAAGGCAUGUCAUAAUAGUGAAUGCAAUGGCAGACUCUAUGGAGAGGGGUCUGGAGAAGGGGUGUGCGUGCGUGUGUGUGUGUGUGUGUGUUUGUGUGUGUAUACAUGUGUGUGCACGCGCGUGUGAGCCUAUGUGUUUGCGUGUGUGGUGACAUCCGCGUUAACAGUGGCAGGGACCUAGAAUCUCAGAUGACUGCUUGUCUGUCUGUGCAGGUAUCUCUGGGGCUGCUGGUCUCAUCUAUGGCUGGGAAUAUAUAGGGUUUGGCAGACUGGGAUGGGUGACACUCUCUGUCCUCAGGCUAGGGUAGAGUUAUCUUAUUUUUUUGAGACAGGGUCUCUCUGCUUAGCCUUGGCUGUCCUGGAAUUUAUUAUGU